AUGAAAUCUGUGAUUGGCGCCGAAUUCACACUGGCCGGAGAGUGUCCUAUUGUCAAGAUACAAGAAAACUUAGACUACACCAAGUUUUCAGGUCUUUGGUACAACGUAGCUAGUUACGCUAGCGAUGGGCGUCCAAUUUACGAGUGCUCCACGCUUGAUUUCCAAGAGGAUAACCUUGGCUACACUCUAAGAGAAACAUAUAUAGAUCAUGUAAAUGGUACCCAAUCGUCAUAUUUUGCUCGCGUUGAUCCGACUUUUGAUGCUGGGAAUAAAGCACAAUUUAUCGUCAGCUACGAGAACGGCGAUAAAGUACUCCAGUUUCCCUUCUUCAUUUUGUCAACGGACUACGACGACUAUGCUAUAGCUUACACUUGCAAGACGAUGAAGAAGAAGCAGCGUACUCAUUACGUUUUCACCUGGGUACUAACCCGCAGCAAGGAUAAGUUGCAAGGAGACACGUUAAAGAAGGUGGAAAACACAAUAUCAAAGUACUCGGAGUUAGCAGAGCACCGGCAAUCCUUUGUCAUGAAGGAGUUUUCGGAACAACAUUGUGCGUUCAGUGCCAAACACAAGAGUGAACAUUUCACAAGUAACUUUUGG